AUGGCUUCUCACACGAAAGACCCUAUCACGUGCCACGUCCUUGAUACGCAGGCUGGCCGCCCUGCUCGUGGCAUCCGUGUCCGUCUCGAAGGCCCCAUCCCGCCGUCGACCAACCCCCACUCUGCUGCCCAACCUCGACCCAACACCUUCGAAUCCAUGACCGACGAUGAUGGCCGUGUUACAGCCUGGCUACCGUAUCUUUCUGAGGAUGCUGCUGGAGAGCCUCCUCUUCAGACUCUCGUUGAGGUGCUUGAGGACCGCAAGGGGCAGGGUUCGUCGCGAUGGACGCUGCGUUUUGACACCGGAGCUUACUUUGGCGAAGAAAAUACCUUCUUCCCUGAAGUGACGGUAACAUUCCGUGUCGAAGAGGGACAGACGUAUCAUGUUCCCCUGCUGCUGAGUCCCUACAGUUAUACUUCCUACCGUGGAAGCUAA